AUGUUAAACAGAUCGUCCUACGGAUACUCAUUAGACCAGAGUAGAAAGCUCACUCAUCUUUUCUAUGUAGACGAUCUUAAAUUGUUCGCUAGAGGCCGACAGCAAUUGGAGGGGGAACUCGAGUUGGUGAGAGGGUUCAGCGAAGAUAUUGGGAUGAUAUUUGGUCUGGAUAAAUGUGCAACGAUCAGUGUGAAGCGAGGGAAACUAGAACGUGAAGAAAAUAUGGUGUUGAUAGACGGACAAGUGUUACCAACUUUGGGGACAGAAGAGAGGUAUAAAUAUCUGGGCGUCCAGGAGACAUAUGAGAUAAGACAGAGAGAGAAUAAGGAAGAAGUCGAGAAGGAGCUAUUUUCUAGAAUAAAGAAAGUUUUAAAUACACAACUUUCAGCUAAGAACAAGAUGACCGCUAUCAAUAUCUGGGCAAUACCGGCUUUCAUAUAUACCGCUGGAGUACUCACCUGGUCUCGGACGGAUCUGGAGCGUCUAGACAGGGAGACUAGAACCACCUUGACACAGUAUUGUGUGCUCCACCCAAAUUCAGCUAUUGAAAGGCUGUAUAUUCCACGUAGAGAGUCGGGGCGAGGCCUGAGCUCACUGGAGAACGUCUAUCUGAAAGAGGAAAGCAGAAUUAAAACCUUCUUUCUGCAGAGCAACUUACCAGUGCACCAUCUGCAGCAGCCAGAAGUCGACUUGCCCAGCACGAACACCUACCUAACUCAGGGUUAUCUCUAUCCUCAGACUGAGGGAACCCUGAUGGCAAUACAGGAUCAAGUUGUUCCUACACGAGCCUACGCAAAGUACAUAAUGAAACAAAACAUCGAAAACACAAAAUGUAGGCUCUGCAAUAACGUUGAGGAAACUGUGCAGCAUUUGUCAUCUGGAUGCUCGACAAUAGCUAACACAAAAUACUUGUCUCGCCAUAACAACAUGGGCAAAGUUGUACACCAGUUUAUGUGUCUCAGGGAACAGCUACUCCAAGAAUUCGUCCCUCAUCACAUUUACGAACCGACAACUGUCCGGGAAGGCAACGAAAUCAAGAUCUAUUGGGACCUAACAGUACAAACAGACCCGGGUGCUGAACAUAAUCGACCUGAUAUGGUCGUAUGGAAUAAGCGUAGGAAAUCGGCGAUCAUCAUAGACUUUACGGUGCCGUUAGACCAAAACCUUGCUAAAGUCUACGGAGAGAAGAUCGCCAAAUACGAAACACUAUCAAGGCAGAUGAAGCAAACUUAUGGGCUGGAAAAAGUGGAAAUAAAGCCAUUGGUGAUUAGCUGCAAUGGGCUGGUACAUAGAAAAACCGUUGAGCACUUGCGUGAAAUGGAUCUGCCUUCGAACACCAUAACUUGGAUGCAGAAGGCCGUAAUAUUGGCAACCGUCAGCAUAAUACGACAAGUACUCUUUCCACACUAA